GAAUACAGCUGCGACAAACAACAUGCCCUGCCUUUAAAGUUUUUUUUUUGUUAAUGAGUUCAAAUCGAUUCAUUGCCCACCCUUUUUAAAUUUAUCUCCAAAUGCAAUAAAUGUUUGGUGGGUCUCGAUUAUAAAGCUAUUAUCUUGCGCGGUUUAGUUGCAAUUUACAAUCCCAUACUCUUACAAGAUUUCUUUUCCUUUGUUCUUUUCUUGAAGUCUACUCUUCUGGGCUGCUUUUAACUAUAUAUGUUUUCAAGAACAGAAAUGUAUUGAUUGAUGAAGGAUUGGAGGAUGGGAAGGGUGAAAUAAAAGUACAAGAUUUGUCUCUAUUUGGCAAACUUUGACAGCAAAUAUGUGGACGUCUUAAAAUACUCCUAGGCUACAUUAUCUUCCAGGAUCGGUUUGAGAUGGGAUUCAGAGGUCUAAUUUGUUUACUUCUCCUGUCGUUAUUGCAUUUGUGCUGCGCAGUAGAGGUGAGACUGACUGUGAGGGGAGCCGCCGCCAUAGCCCGGACCGAUGAAAACUUCAUAUGUGCUACUCUGGAUUGGUGGCCGGAGACUAAAUGCAACUACAACCAGUGCCCCUGGGGGAAAGCAGGCAUUCUCACUCUGGAUUUGGGAAACAGGAUUCUUGCAAAUGCUGUUAAAGCAUUCAGUCCUCUUCGGAUCAGAAUUGGAGGUUCUCUGCAAGAUCAGGUGCUGUACAAAGUCGGACCAUUUGCUCUAAAAUGCCCACAUUUCAGAAGAAAUGAUAAUGGUUUGUUUGGAUUUUCAUACGGCUGUCUAGACAUGGACAGAUGGGAAGUCCUAAACAGUUUCUUCACUAAAACCGGGGCUCGGGUAACGUUCAGUUUGAACGCCCUCUUGGGACGAAGGAAGUUUGCAGCUAACGAUUCGCUCAUGGUGGGUGACUGGAACGCAAGAAAUGCUUAUGACUUCAUCAAGUACACUGCCACUCGCGGCCACAAGAUCGAUUCUUAUGAACUUGAUUAUCGCUCAGGAAAUGAGCUGUGUGGAAGUGGGGUUGCUGCAAGAAUAGGGCCAGAACAAUAUGGAAGGGAUAUAGUUGUCCUAAAACGUAUAGUUCAGGAGCUAUAUCCCGACCCUUUUACGCGGCCAAAGGUCUUAGGUCCUGGCGGAUUCUAUGACAAGCAAUGGUUCGAAACCUUCCUGAAGACCUCAGGACCUAAUGUUGUCAAUGGUGUGACACACCAUAUCUACAACCUUGGUGCAGGUGUCGAUCCAACAUUAAUCGAUAAGGUUCAGAACCCCUUCUAUCUUGAUCAAGUAGCGCAGACGUACAGAGACGUAGAAAUGAGCGUCAGGCUAUUCGGGCCGUGGUCGGGAGCUUGGGUUGGGGAAGCCGGCGGGGCUUACAACAGCGGUGGCAAAUAUGUAUCGCAUACAUUCGUUAACGGAUUCUGGUACUUGGAUCAAUUGGGAAUGACGGCGAGAUUCAACCACAAGGUUUUCUGUAGGCAAUCAUUAAUUGGAGGAAACUACGGUCUACUCAACACAACUUCUUUCAUCCCGAAUCCAGAUUACUACGGUGCACUUCUGUGGCAUCGCUUGAUGGGAUCGACUGUGCUCUCCGCCUCCCACGCUAGCUCCCCUUACUUGCGCGUCUAUUCUCAUUGCUCGAAGAGAACAACCGGCAUUUCGGUGCUGAUAAUCAACAUGUCGAAUUCAACAAGCUUUGAAGUUACGGUGACGGAUGACACGAGAUUGUAUCAACAAGAAUACAGAGACAUAAUUCCAAGAGAAGAAUACCAUCUCACACCCAAAGAUGGUGACAUUCUUAGUGAUGUUUUGCUGCUAAACGGGACGCCUUUGAGGAUUACGGCGACGUUUGACAUUCCGGCGCUGAAGCCGCGCCUCGUUGCCGCCGCAUUGCCUGUUAAAGUCGCGCCAGAUUCAAUAGUUUUUGCCACACUCAAGGGAUUUAAAGCCCCAGCUUGUGUCUGAAACUGCAUUGCCAUUUCUUGGAUCACUUUGCAAUAAAAAGCAUCGAGGAAGAAUGACAACGUCGAUAAGAGUCUCUCUCUCACGCUAUUUAAGGCUAAGAUUUGAUAGCUGAUAUUUAUACAUAAUUUGGUUUGUCUGUGCGCUUUUAUUACGUAUGAUGAAGAAAUGUGAAAGAUAUUAGACAA